AUGUCAAGUUUUCAUCGUAUUCGUCAAUCAUGGUGUCGAUCACUAGGUUAUUUGGGUGUCUUCGGGGUCACAACUGUAACGAUCAUCAAUGCUACACUACGAUAUAAUGAUAAUAUUCAAGUGCAUGAUGCGUUUUCAUAUCAUUCACAUCAACAAAAGAAAAGAAAUAUUUUCUCUGGAAUGCACGAGCCAUAUAUUACUUCCGAUUUACAUGAAUUAGAACUCUUUCAGAAGCAUUUUUCACAAUUCUCCCAUUUAUUUCAUACGAAUCGUGAUAUGCUGCAGCAAAAAUAUGCUUUAAAGACCCCUGUCAAGGUUCGACCGUUUACAGAAUGUCCUAUUGAAUUUUCAUCAUCCCUUCGUAAUCAGAAAACACUCGUCGUUGGCGGUCCCCCAGCAUUAGUUGCUGGUGUCUCUAUGAUGAAAACUGAAAAAAAUUUAACUUAUAUCAAUGAUGAACGACGAAUACCAAUCGUUUUUGGUUCUGCUUGGCAUUUGGAACAAGAUGCGGUAUCAGAAGCACCCACUACCUAUCGACCUACGAAAUUCUUAGUCGAGCAAAUUCGUCGUGCGAUAUUUGGAUAUGUAAGUUACGCAUCGAUUCAGCAAACCGGCCACUUUCCAUGGAGAACGUUGGACUGGAUCGGUUGGCUACGACAUCCUGAUCAUUGGCUUAUUGGACUUAAAAUAGUAUUAGGUUUUCAAUUUUUCACUAUGUUUGAAGAUCGAACGACAAUGUUGAAAAAAGUCGCUGCAAAAUGUAUUGCAAAUGAGACAUUUUUCGAGUGUUUAAAUCAGGAAUUGGAUGGUAAACUUCUCUUGGCCGAAAAAGGAUCAAUUUGGGUUGCUCGAACUAGUGAAGAAAUUUCAGAACUACAAGCGUUAAAAGAAGCUUUAGAAAACGAAGGAAGAACUUUCAGGAUUUUAUCUAAGGAAGAAAUGCUUCAACGUUAUGGUUUCAUUCCCAAUGGUCUGAUGUUUGGCGAAAAACAACAUGAUAGAGUCAUAUUCUCGAACUUUAUGAAGAUGCUCAGUGAUUUUAUUCAAAAUCAAGGUGGCAAAUUUAUUAAUGGAACACUCACUACAAUCUAUGUUGACGAUCAGCAAUCAGGGGGUGUAGCUGAAUAUGACACACCUGAUGGUCAAAAACAUCAUCUCCCAUUUUCUCGCUUAAUUCUAUCGCUAGGUAAUCAGCCAAUUAUUAGCAAAAAUAAUAGACCUUUGUUUGAGGUUAUUGCAGCUCGAGGAGUAUCAGUAUUGGCACAUGUCUACGUACCCUUGGAAUAUCGAUUGCCUUCUGUUUUGGUUUGUGGUGAAACAAAUGAUGCGACGAAAUUAUCAGAAAAUCCUGUGCAAGUGAAAGAUUCACAGGGAAAACUUUACAAUUUAUAUUUGAUGCGAUUUACCGGCGGUGCCUGUAUUACACCGAAUGUUUCCGAUGAAAGUGCUGCCAACUAUGACGGAACGGUUGCUGUCGGUCUAGUCGCUGCAAUACGAAAAACAUUGGGAGAAUCAUGUCGAAUUGAACCGCUCCUUGUUCAUGGUUGCAAUCGACAAGUUUGUCGUUAUGGACAGAUUACUUGGAUUGAACCGUUUCCAGGAAUUCAUGUGCAGUACGGAGCGGCUGGAGGUGGCCUCACACGAGCACCAGACUUUGUAGCACGACUAACUUCACAUAGUUCGUCUUCUUGA